UAUGCAAUGGAAACCCACCUCACCCAUCUUCCUACGGAGUCAAUACUUAUCUGGUACACAGUUGCUAAACAUCGAUCGCCAAAGAGCUGCUGGGUAGUCCUCUACGGCAAUGUCUAUGACGUGACGGAAUUUCUGCCCUCCCACCCGGCCGGCGACAAAAUCAUCCUCCAGCUCGCCGGCCGUGAUGCCACGACCGAGUAUGAUCCGAUUCACCCGCCAGGCACGCUCGAGGAGAACCUCAAGCCCGAGGCCAAGCUAGGCAUCAUUGACGACGCAUCGCUAGCCAAGCUUCACCAGAAAGAAAGCGAAGCCCGCGCAAAGGCAACAGGCUCGGCCAUGGGGACCACCACGCACACCACCUCAGCCCAGCAAUCCGAGAAAGCCGCGCCGCCGCCGCUCCACACCCUCCUCAACCUUGACGAGAUCGAAGCAGCAGCCAAGACUCAGGUCUCCAAAAAGUGCUGGUCCUAUUAUUUCUCCGCCGCCGAUGACCUUUACACCAAGACCCACAACACCCGCGCCUUUCGGGACAUCCUUCUGCGCCCGCGCGUCUUCAUCGACUGCACAAAGGCCGACACCUCCACCACGUUGUUGGGCCACAAGGUCGGCACACCACUCUACGUCUCGCCCGCGGCGCUGGCCCGUCUGGCGCACCCGGACGGCGAAGCCGGCAUCGCCAAGGGCAUCUCCUCGUUCGGGGCCAUGCAGCUAGUCAGCAACAACGCAUCCAUGACGCCCGAGCAAAUCGUGGCCGAGGCCGUGCCGGGAGCCGUCUUUGGCUGGCAGCUGUACGUGCAGACGACCCGCUCAAAAUCCGAGGCAAUGCUGGCGCGCAUCAACAAGCUGCGCGACCACUUCAAGUGCAUCGUCCUCACCCUCGACGCGCCACACCCGGGCAAGCGCGAGCACGACGAAAAGUCCAACCUUGAAGCGGCAGGCGAGUUUGUCGAGUCCGCCAGCAACGCCAAGACGGACGCCGAAAAGAAGCCCGGCGGCGGCGGCGUGGGGCAACAGCUGUUCUGGGGCACCGCGGCCGACUUGACGUGGGAGACAACGCUUCCCUGGCUGUCCAAGCAUACGGAUUUGCCAAUUGUGUUGAAGGGCAUCCAGACGCAUGAAGAUGCAUACCUGGCGGCGCAGUAUGCGAGGAAACACCCGGGCACUGUGAAAGCGAUCAUCCUUUCGAAUCAUGGCGGGCGCGCGCUGGACACGGCGCCGCCGGCGGUGCAUACCUUGUUGGAGAUCAGGAAGUACUGCCCGGAGGUGUUUGGGGCGGUCGAGGUGUGGAUUGAUGGCGGGGUCAAGAGGGGGACGGAUGUGGUGAAGGCAUUGUGUUUGGGUGCGAAGGCGGUCGGUGUGGGGAGGGCGGCGCUUUGGGGGCUUGGGGCUGGUGGAUGGCAGGGUGUUGAGAGAACCUUUGAUAUCCUUCAGCAGGAGAUCAUUACAUGCAUGAAGCUUUUGGGAGCAAAGACGGUGAAUGAUCUUGGCCCACGAUUCAUCAACACCCGAAAAGUCGAGCGAGACAUCUUUGAUGGGGAUGCCGGUCUCGACAAGAACGGGUUGUGGACAUCUCGUGCCAAGCUCUGA